AUGGAAGAGUUUCAGGGCAGGUAUGGAAUGGAGACAGAUUGGGACAAUCCUAAGAAGAGUGUACUUUUCAUGCUGGGGAAGCGGAAGCCGGGUGACAUCAUGCAGCCGGUUUCCAUUCCCCUGCCGACAGGCGUGGUAAAGACCUUACUCCCAGUAGACAGUGGGGAUAUCCUGCAGACCCCGAUCAAUGAUCCGGCUGCACAAGCAAAAGCAGUUCAGAGGAUUGUUGACAACUUUACGUUCCCAAAGCCUGGCAAAGACCUCCCCAUCACCGCGAUCAGGAAGAUUGCGCAUGUGUCACUCGCCGCACGGAUCCGAGCGCGCCUGCAAUACAGCCCGAUCGCACCAAAUGCUGUGAAAGCGAUACACAUCUCCAUCAAGAUACUCAUCUCUGAGUAUUAUAGGAUGUCGUUCAGGUUCAAUCAUAAUGUUCUGUUCGGGAGACUUCAGGACGGCGGCCUAGACUUCCCCAAUGUUGAACGUAUGAAUGCGACUUGGAGUGUGUCGAUGCUCCACCGGGCACUGAACUCCAACAAUGCGACAACGGCGUCAGCAUCCGAGAUCAUUCUCGCAACCCUGCAAUGCAACAAGAAUAAAUCCAGUCGGUGCUUUCCUCCUUUUGGACCACUCCAGACGACGCCUCAAAUGACGCGCACCAACCCGAUUCCCAAAUCUAACUUGCUUACAUGGGAGGUGGCUACCCGUUACAUGCGCGACUUAGAGAUGGAGAUUAUCCCAGCUCGGCACUUGAGCCGUGAAGCCGGACCAAAGGAUAAUCCAUCCAGGAGGGGAGGGCUAGCGUUCCAUAAUGACAGAGCAGACCGAUCUGAGGUCGUCCUUCAGAAAUUUGAACCCAAGGAUCCCCCAGAGCAGGUCAUUGGUCGGAUCGUUAAAAAGGCUCAGAAGGAUUUGGCCAGGAACGGAGCGUUGAUAUACGCUACAGAUGGGUCCAUGGACCCUGCGCCUUUCUUGAACAAACGAAGGACGGCCUUCGCCAUUGUUGGCUCUGCCCUAGUAGGAGACAGGUUCAUGUCAAGAACAGACCUAUCGGCUCGAGGGUCCUACUUGAAUAGUAACUCUCUGAAUAGGGAUGUCAGGCUGGGUAGCUCAUAG